CUACCAACCACGACGAUCCAAGAAAGCGAUAGCGUUCGGAAAUUUCUUUUCGUCCCUAGCCUUCUGGCUUCGUGCAGGGCUGAACGAGUUAAGUAACGUCCGACUGUGUUGCCUGAUGGGCUGUUUGUGUCCUCUUUGUGCUGGAAUUUACUUUUACAGUGAGAUUUCCUUGACAUCUGUGCGGAAAUUUUUGGUCUCAUGCGGCAGUUUAGCUUCGUACUUGACUGGUCAUCGCUAACUCAUAUGACUCCGUGAUGUAUGGUGUUCUUCAACAGCCGGUGAAGAGAGCAGGGAAACCAACACCUUUGAAUUCCUGAGCUUCAGUUUGCUAGCAUCGUUUGCAGAUAGUUUAAAAGAGGGAACGAAGUUGACAUGGAACAGGAUCCAAAGGCUGCAAAAACUUCGUUUUCCGGGACAAGGUCCCUUUUAUUUUGGUGUAGACAACAGACAGAGAGUUACAACGAUGUGAAUGUGUAUAACAUGUCAACUUCAUGGCGGGAUGGUUUGGCGUUCUGUGCGAUUAUCCACCGUUACAGGCCGGAUUUGAUAGAGUUCGAAAGGCUGUCCAAAGAGAACAUCAUGGAGAACAAUGAGCUAGCUUUUAGUUUGGCGGAGAAGCAUUUUGGUAUUCCAAUUGUACUUGAUGCAGGUGACAUGGUAGAAAAUGUCAUUCCAGAUAAAUUGAGCGUUAUCACUUAUGUCUCGCAGCUGUAUGAGUACUUCAAGAACAAAACUCCUGCUAACCAGGGCUAUUCCACUAAGAUGAACAUACAGCCCAAAGCACGAAGCGACUCUACCGGUCAUAAAGGCAGCAAGCGAAUCUCACCCUCCCAUCAGAUAUACCUGUUGUCAGGUCAUGCGAAGAGGGUGGCUACAGCCUUGCGGAAUGUUUUCAAGUCUGAUGCUAAAGAAGAAUCAACGAAGAGCAAAGAGCACGGUCAAGGAAGUAAAUAUUUGAGUGUUGAACCUUUAAGGACAAGCCUGGAAACAAACAGAAGUACAGAUGAACUUGUUCCAAGCGCUCCAAGAAAAUCACCAAUGCUGGGAAAUGAUUGUUUUAUCUGUCACAACAGAGUGUUUCUCAUGGAAAGGCUGAUUGCAGAAAGGAAGUUGUUCCAUAGGGCAUGCUUCAGAUGUGAUAAAUGCAGAGCCUGCCUUCGACCUGGAACAUAUCAUUACUUCCCUGAUACAAAGAAGUUCUGCUGUUUAUUUGAUUGCCCAGGAGGUCAGAAGGAAAAUCCCAUCAAAAUUAAACUAGAACCGUUGACAAAUGCUGCCCAGCAAAAGCAAACACAGAAGGGUCCAUCUCUUGAAUCUUCUCCUAAUCUGUCUGACAGCAAUUCUACGAAACUAUCUGAUAAAAGCCCACUUCAAAGACAGUUCUCAGUUGUUAAAAAGAAUGCAAUAACACUGGCUGCAUUGCCGCAGCCACUAACCCGAGGGAAACCUCGUGUUGUGAAAAGCCCAAAGCAGUCACGCUCAUCGCAGCGUUAUGACAGGUCAAAGGUGAAGAAAAUUGAGCAAGGUGAGAAGAAACGGCGAUUCUCUGGUGGAGGAAGGCUUAGGAAGAAACGUGAAGGUAAAGGAAAAUAUUUUGAUUCCGAGGAACUGGGUGAUAAAGAGAAUUCAUCUUGGUCACCAGAAAACAAAAGACGAGCUCCUGAUAUUAGUCAAGUCAGUAAAUUAAAUGAAAGUGAUAGUGUUAAAAGUAGCUGUAGUGAACUGGUAAACAAGACCUUGAGUGUGGAGGUACCAUAUGAAAGUUCGGAGACUUCAUCACCAAAGUUGCUUUUAGAGUCUAAAGAACAACAAGAGGAGGAGGUGGAAAAACUUAAACAGAAAUCUGAUGAUCAGAGGUCUACAAAAGACCCAGAAUCACCUUCUGUGAAUCUCUUUUUUUCUUUUAAAGAGGAGUUACUGAAAAGGGCUACAGAAGGUAAAGGAAGUAUUGAAGAUGAUAAGGUCUCUAAGAAAGGUGAUACUGAGUGUGUUUCACCAGAAUUUUGGAAUCAGGGACAUAAGACAAAACACGGGAACAGUGGAACUGGAGAUGGUGAUUCACUUGCAAAUGAAUCUGACAGCCAGGUCAAUGCUUCAGUAGAAGAGAACUUGGAAAAGCCAGAUAAUCAGCAUAAAUUUUCAGAGUCUAGUGUCCAAAGUGAUUCAACUAAGUCAACUAAGUCACAGAAGACAAGUGUUUCUGAAGAGACUGAGCCUUCAGCAGCUGCCAAGAGUGUACAAAGACUGCGGGAAAAGUUUCUGAACAUCAAUGACAUGAUUGAUGAAAAACACAAGAAUAACGUGGCAAAGAAAAGUGUUGAAAUUCAGAGAGAACUAAGAUGUAUUUCUGCUUGGAAACAGCAAACUGAAGCUCAUCAAGUUACAUCAAGGAAACAUUCAAUAGGCUCUGGUAAGGCAGGAGAGGUAAAGAAACCAAGCUUUGGUACAAGUCGGCGAAGUGUGAAGGAAUUGCGAAAAAUGUAUAUGGACAAUGGAAGUAGUGGAAGAAAAUCUGUCAAGGGAAAGUCAGAUUUAACAUUGGGGAAAUCAGAUUUAGUGUCAUCAAAAUCUAGUAGUUCAUCUGCGGGAAUAGAACAAAAAUCAAGUAUAACUGAUAAAACAGCUGACUUCCCUUUAAAUGAAUCCAAGAAAAAACAUGAUUCUUCUGAGCAUGGAAGUGAAGAAAGUACAGAACCAGCUGAUGAUCACACAUCUGAGUCUAAGGAUGAAAAUAAUUCAUCUGACACUAAGGAUGUUGAAUUUGCUACUUUACCAGGUACUUCAACAGAUAGCAUGCAAAGUAUAGAUACAAAUGACAACAUAGUUAUUAUAAAUGUCGACCACACUCAAGUAGAUGAAAGUGUUUCAAGUGACAGUCAAAUUAGUGGAGAGCCACAUGCCACAGAAAAUGAUUACUCCAUCGCUAAGUCUGACCAAGUGUCAAGUGAGGUUCCAUCUCUUCAAGUUGAUCCUGCAAGUCCUCAAUCUCCUAAUUCUGAACGACACUCUCCAGGGUUAAAACGACAUUCAGCAUCUCAUGACAGUGGUAUUGAUAUGCCCUUAUAUACACAGAGUAAUUUUCUGAGUUCUCUGUCAGCUGAUGACAAAAUAUCUGCAAGGAAUUUGAAAGUUGCAGCUGAAUUUUCUUUCUCGGGAAGUGAUUCAUCUGUCUCACCCACUGAAAAACAAAUGCCAAAUGAAAAUAUGAAAGAUUUGCAAAUUUCAAGUAAUCCAUCAUCACCAGUUGUUGGUUACUCACCAGAGAUUCAGUGGUCACUGCCUUUAUCAAAUGGACACAGAGCAUCUCUUAGUGACUCUAGUUCAUCUUGCAGUUCACCUAGAAUGUCAAUCAUCAUAGCACAGGAAGCAUCCACCACCAAAAUCAACAGCAGAUUUUUCACUGUUGAAACCAUGGAACCCAGGGACUUAGAAUAUCACAGGAUUGCUGAGGAAUAUAAGUGUGUCAUGGAAGUUGAGGGAGAAUUCUGCUUUGGUCGAGAGAAUAGUAGAACCAGCAGAGCAGAAAGAGAUGCAAUUUUCUCAUUGCGCAAUGCUAAGAAUCGCAGCUGUAACAGUACUGAUCUGAUUAAAGAGGAAGAAAUAACUCUUUCUCCUGCUGAGAUUGAUGCUGAAUUGCAGUCUUUGGAGGUAUUACAUGGAGAACUGGAAAGACGAGGAGUGGAAAUUGAACACAACUUGAGAGAAAGUAUGGACUCCGAGAGGCCCUUUAAUGACUGUGAGGAAGAACUUCUACGGGAUUGGCUUGGUGUGGUUCAUGAACGGAAUGUGAUUUUGAGAAGAGAAUCAGAACUGAUAUACUUGCUACAGUCCCACAAUUAUGAAGAAAGAUAUCGCACAGUGGAAGGAGAACUGAGAAAAUUAGUAGCCAUGAGAGAUGAAGUGAAAUCUAGUGAUGAUUUGAAGAGAGAGAGGGAAUUACUGUCUGAGUUGCUAGAAUUAGUGCAGAAGAGAAGCUUCAUUGUUGACAGCUUGGAGGAAGAAAGAGUAAGGGAAAUCCACGAGGAUGAAAAAGUAGAGCAAGCAUUGACAGAUGGUAUAGUUGCAGUGCCUGAAAAAAGCUGGGAUCAGAGACCAGAUUGUACCAAGGUUGCAUUUUCAAGGUUUUAUUGCUAGCAGCAGCAGUCACAGGUGACAAAGCAUGUUCUUCGAAUAGUGAUAAAAAUAUCUGGAAGGCUCCUAAAGGACCUUAUUAUAAACACCUUUCAGUAGCAAGCACAGUGUAAAGUAACAAACUGUAGAUACUAAGGUAACAUUCUCUAGUGUUGUCAAUAAUUUGAGCAAAUUUAAGAAAUGCUUGUCUGUUGUAAAAUCUUUCAAUUUUGGUGCAUUUUAUGGAAGUCUCUGAAUGGUUGCAAAAAAAAUAUUCAUUUCAACAGUUUUUUUUAGUUUUGAACUUAAGAUUUUGACACAGAAAGGUGGUGUCACAGUUCUCAUACAAGUACACUUUCUAGUUUCUAUUUUUCAAACUUUUUAUUAGGAUCAGUUGAGAACAUCCUGCAUAGUUUCACAUUACCUUUGUGGACUGGUCAUUACAAUUCAUCUCUGCAAGAGUAGAUUACUAGUUUCACCAGCAGUGCUGGACUUUGUUGAAAUUUCUGUGCUUUUGAUGAUUAUGAGGUGGUUAGAAUUUGGGUUAAAAAAAAAAAAAAGAGAUUCUUUUUCCUUUACCUUGGUGCUUUUAAAAAUGUCCCAUCUAAUAAAAAUACUUAAUUUAUAAAUUGAGUAUUAAGACACUAUGGUGUCGAGUUCAUAGCCACUGUUGGGUCAUAUUCUUUGAAAGGGUUGGUUUACAAGCCUUGCUUAGUGCAAGAUUUUAAUCAGGAUUAACUUUUUAUUUAUCUUGCAUGUCAAUGUCAUUCCUGUAAACUCUAUUUUUGGAAGGCAUGCAAUAAUUUUUGACACACUUCCAUAUUGUGUUUCAAAUUAAAGUAACAGAAGUGUUUUGAACUUGAAGGGUGAUACAUGGUGAACUGUUUGUAUGAAAAUUCAUGUUAGUAUUUUUUAAGUAUGACACAAACAAAUGUAUAUUUUAUACAGAAAUAUCUAUCUCACAUUAAGAGGUUAACAGUGUACAUAUCAAAUACAUGUAGAACUUUCAGUAAAGAAUAUUUUUGCAA